GCCGUGCAGAGUGGAUGAUUAUUCCUUGUUACGCGCGGAGAAUGUCUCAGAGCCCGCGCCCGUGAAGUGUCUGGCGCUCUGCUGUUCGGCCCGGCGAGUGGGGUUUACUUCUCCGGUCGUUCUCCGGCUUUCAGAACGGACGAGUGAUUUACGUUAUACUUAAAAAAUAUAUAGAAGGAAUAGUAUGCUUGUGGAGCCCAUUGGAGUGGCCAAGCACGUGGCGAAGUGAAGUUGAAAUUAUGAAAGGAAGAUUCAGGCUUUGCAGUGUGGCGCGGAAAGCGAGUGUGGAUCCUGUGUGAAGGAGGGAAAAGUUGUUUUCUUGCUGAAACAUGGAAGGGCUGUAUCUCGUGAUCUGUCUUCUGGCCGGGACGCUGGCAGAACAGGGUCAGCCAGUGAUCAAGGAGCACCCGAGCAACGUGGUGGCGCGGCGCAACGACCCCGCCACCCUCAACUGCGCCGCCUCCGGUGCCACCCGCAUCCGCUGGUACCGCGACGGCGAAGAAGUAACCACGUCGACGCAGGACCCGCGCUCCCACCGGGUCGUUCUACCGUCAGGCUCGCUGUUCUUCCUGCGCGUGGCCACCUCCAAGAGGGACAGCGACGCCGGAACCUACUGGUGCGUGGCCUCCAACAGCCACGGCGCCACGCGCUCCCACAACGCCACCCUCACCGUGGCCACGCUCGCCUACGACUUCCAGAGCCAGGCCGACCCCGUGGUGAGGGCGCGCGUCGGGGACUCUCUGGCCCUGCCGUGCCGCCCGCCCAAGGGCUCUCCGCCCCCCGAAGUCACCUGGCUCAGGGACUCCCACGAGGUCACCAACUCCAGCCGGAUCUCCGUGACACAAGCGGGCGAUCUUGUCAUCAGUCAGGCCGUCGAGGAGGACUCGGCCUCCUACGUGUGUCGCGCCCGCAACGCCGCGGGCGCCCGGGAGUCCACGCCCACCAAGCUCACCAUCAUGACGCCGCCCUGGUUCGAGGAGCGUCCGGCGAACGUGACCGUCGCGUCGGGCGUGGUGGUGGAGCUGGCGUGCCGCGCCCGAGGCUCGCCCACGCCCACGGUCACCUGGCGGCGUCUCGACGGCAAGAUGCCGCUCGGCCGCGCUAUGAUCGAGGACCAGCGGCUGGUGCUGGACCACGUGGCGGCUGCCGACUCCGGCGUGUACGUGUGCGAGGUGGAGAGCGAGGCAGGGAUCGCCGCGGCCAGGGCCACUCUCACCGUGAUCGACGCCCCCGAGUUCGCUCAGCGGCCGCAGGAUAUUCAGGUGGUGGCUGGCCAGAGCGCCAGGCUCUCGUGCAAGGUCGAGGGCGACCCCAAGCCUCUCCUGCUGUGGCGGCUUCCCACCCAGGACAGGACUGCCCUGCUCGCCGCGGGACAGAGCAGCGGCCACGCCUCCGUCGCCGACCAAGGCCAGACUCUCCUGCUCGGUGACGUCAGCACGCACGACAGCGGAGCCUACUACUGCUGGGGCGUCAGCAGCGGCGGUGGCGUCAGCGCUCGCUCAGAGGUGGUGGUCGUGGCGGCGUAUCCCCCUCCUGUGAUAGGCGUAGGACCCCAGGAUCUUACAGUAUCCCCAGGUAGUGUGGCCACUUUCCCCUGUGAAGCUGUGAGUGAGGCUGCCCCUCCUGCUAUUUCCUGGUGGUAUCGUCCAGCGGUUCAUUUGCCAGCAAGACAGCUUUCAGAAGGAGGAAAUAGCGGCAGGGUGUCCCUUCCAGCCAAUGGCGCCCUCAUCCUGAAGGACGUCCGGGCCGACGACACCGGCAUCUACAGCUGCCACAUCAGAGCGGACACCGGCAGCGUGGAGCAGGCGGCGGUCCUGCGGGUGGAGGACGGCGCCCAAGACGCGGCUUCGUUCCUGCUGCCGGCGCCGCCGUCCAAGCCGCGCCUCAUGGCUGUCAACCAGACCGCUGUGCACCUGAGCUGGCUACCCAACUCCCAGAUGGGCGGAGGUUCCGACCAGACGUACACGGUGGAGUUCUGGCGCCAGGGCUGGGAAGAGUGGCGGGUGGCGGACGCCCUCAUUUCGCAGGAGUCGUGUGUGGUGGGCGGGCUGACGCCUGGCCACACCUACACCUUCCUGGUCCGUGCGGUCAACUCGCGAGGGGCGUCGUUCCCGAGUCCCUGGUCCGACCCGGUCACGACCCGCUCUCCCCGCGACCCGAGUCUCACGGAGGACGAGGUCCGUCACGUCCGCCGCCGCCUCUCGCGCCCCGCCGUCACGCUCACCGACGCCACAGUGACCUCAUCCAGUGAUAUUGUCCUCAACUGGAAGUUCCUAACAUCGACAGAAGAGUCAGUGGAGGGUGUCUUGGUGUAUGCUGUGAGUGAAUCGGGCGCCGUGCAAGUGGCCACCGUCCUGGGUUCCUCGUCCUCCUCGCACCUGCUGCAUGAACUGAAGCCCAACACACAGUACACCUUCUUCCUCGUCCCUUUUUGGCACAGUGUUGAAGGCACGCCGUCGAACUCCCAGUCACUGAAGACUCCUCAGGACGUUCCUCUGGUAGCUCCUGGAGAUGUUCGGGUGUCGACGCGCGAGGAAGGCGCUGUACUCAUCACGUGGUCCACUCUCGCCCCGGAGGAAGCCCGAGGGAAGAUCAUUGGCUACCAGGUCACCCUUAGCCACAACGGAACCCACACAACGAAGACCGUGACCAACCCUUGGCUGGAGGCUAACGACCUCGUGUCAGGUCGACUGUACACUGUCCGUGUUGCUGCCCUCACGGAAGCUGGUCCUGGCCCAUUCACCGCUCCUGUGCUGAUGGAUGCUGGACCCUCUGACGCCCAGACACGCCACCAAGAUGAUGAGGACGACGGCUCUGUCUUGUACGCUCCGCCACAAACGGCUUGGCUGGUGUACCUGUUGAUUCCGGUGGUGCUGUUGUUAUCUGUCAUUACGCUGUUUUACGUGAGGCGUUUACGGGGGAAAUCAACGCCCUCUAACCCGCCUCACGCCCCUGCCCUCUAUCAGGACCCGUCCCUCUACUCAGCCCACCAUUCAGUCAACAUGUACGGAGAACAGAAGCUGUGGCGGCCGUCGGAUAGCGAUAAAGAUUCCAGUCUCUCCUCGAAGCGGCUCCUCCAUCCCGACCAGCCAGCGAACGAAUACGCAGAACCGAAGAUCCAGCGAGUCAACGACAUGACGGAGCCCUAUGCCACAACAGCGCUGAUAGAGCCGUCACCGCCAGGCAUGAGUCAUGGGCCUCCUCGGCAGCAUCACAGCGAUGAUUCGGGAGUGCAGGUGAACUGGGCCGCCAUUAUCCCGCCCCCGCCGAGCUGUCCUCCUCCACAAAACUUCGACCUGGGCGAUCCGAUGGGCGUGACCAGCGACCCUCUGGGUGUCAGGAUGGUAUGUCCCACAACUGCCAUGUAUGGGGGGAGUAAGAGCAGUGGAUCGGACCAAUACGAACACGCCUCUGACGGAAGCAUGGAUAAGCCGUGUGAGAUGAUUAACCCAGGGAAGAACAGAGACAGAUUCCUCACCUUCAACUCCCUUCAGGCGCGUGGCUACCGCCAGGUCCCGGUGGAGGCCCGGCCACAGCAGCCUACGGAUCCUCCGCGCAACAAUACCCACUGAUGGCGGGACUCUUGAGGAUCGGACGUCUAACGCACGACUCUCCAUCCUCUCGUUAUAUUACCAAAGCUUUAUCAUGAUGCUUAUUAGUCUAAUUAGUGAUGCUUUGUGCAAAAGGUCUGUGAUGAACACAAUAUAAUAUUUGUUGAGUGGUUGUAACAGUCCCAUAGGUGACGACUUCCUACAUAUUAGUAGAAAGUUAGUCCCGUCUGCAUUGAAGACAUAUUUGGUGACGAGCGUUUUCGAACCAUAAAAGCGAUGCUUGAAUAUUGAACCACAUGCUUACUAGAUGCACAGUGCUCCUAUUAAUGUGCUGUAAAUGCCAGUAGGUUUUGUACAGUUUUAAUAAAUGCUAACGUUUAUUAAGAGCAUUACAAAACUUAGUGAUACCUUCUUUAUGUCAAACGUCCUUAAAGCGACCAGUGAUAUAUAUUCAGAAAUUCAGUGAAGACUUUCAAACGCUGUUUGUGUCUCCAGUACGGAAAGUUUAAAUAUUCCGCAACCUUUACAGGAAUUAGUGGUGUCCCAUACCUGUCAGCUGGUCUUGUCACGCGUUGUGAUGGUACUCAUUCAUUAGAUCGACGAAAAUGUGAAAAGUAUCCUCUGGGAUAUUAUCAAAGUUGCAAGUGUUCCUCAACGGAAGAACGUUUACAGUUGCAGAAGUGACCGUUCCACGUUGCUGAAUCCCCCCAAUCCCUCCCUUCUCCCGGACGUGAAUCUCUGUCGUUAUCAGGGCUUCCUCGACACAAGUGGCAUGCAUCUUCUAAUCAUUAACUGCAUCGCCAUCCCUCCGUAAUGCUAAAGAUUGCGUGUCACCCAGAUGUCAACGAGUUCUCCUAACGUCAUUUGCAUGCCAGAACGGGAAGGGAGGACGUGGUCAUACGAGAAAUCAAACACAAAAAAAGGACUCCACACUCAAGCAGAAUCACCAUCUGCUUCAGUGACGUAUCGGUACCUUGACUGUAAACUCGUGUUGUGGCUAGUGGUAAUAGACUAGCAUCCUUCCAAUAUGCCAUAGUCAUAGUAACUAUACCCUUGUGGUCAUAGAUUCAACACAGAUUUAGUGAAAGUACCAUAGCAUAGUUUCCCAACACUGCCGUAGUGAUAAACCAGUGAUUUGGCUUGAAGUAGGUCCUACGCAUUAACUCUGGUACUGUUUGAUGGUUAGCCCCAAAUGUGUCUAGUAAUUAAAUUGUUCCCAAAUUCCCAUUAAAGGUGCAAUUGGCUGUUUGUUAAUAAUAGUACCAAUGUAAUAUGUUCUAUUUCCCUAGUCAACCAUUGUAUAUAUGUAAGUAAGAAAUCUAUUUUUGUAUAAUAAAAAGCUGUUAUGACUUAA